UGUGUUUGCUUCUUGUUUAUUUUAUUUGUUUGGUUUAUUCCAAAUAAUUGCGUUAUUAUUAAAAACUUGAAGUCACGUUUUACAUUACGUGUUGAAGUGUGUGUGUGGCUCGCAAACGUUAUUAAAUCAAGUGCAAGUGGUUAGUGGUUUCUAUUUGCAGUCACCGAAUAAUUAAUCAUUCGGCUGCCUCAAAAUGAUGAACUACCGCAAGGCCGAGAAUGUGGAGCAGGAGUUGACCAAAAGUGAUUUACCCUUUGAGCAUUGCCUGGCUAGCAAUCAAAAGGAUUUCCUCUGGAUGCAGGUCAACGGCGGCACCAAGCUGAGCAAUGUGAUUGGCUAUGCGCAAUCCGCGCUGGAGAAGGGCGAAUAUCGCAGCGUAGUCUGGAGCGGCUCUGGUGGUGGUGUCAUCAAGGUUGUCUCCUGUGCUGAGGUGUUCAAGCGCAGUCUUUCACUCUAUCAGAUCAGUCGCAUGUCCUACAAAAAUGUUGAGGAACACUGGAAGCCCAUCACAGAGGGGCUGGAGGAUAUCGUUGUGAAACGCCAAAUACCCAUGCUGCACAUUCUCCAAAGUCUAGAUCCGUUUCCCGAGAGCGUGGAGAACGUACAGAAUCCCAAUACGUUGAGCGAUUUUUGGCGAUUCGAGGAUCAACUGUCCGCCAAUGGAAAUAAGCCGAAUGCUGGUCGAGGGAAGAAACGCACUCGACCUGAGCGCAGCCAUAAACCACAACAACCACAAGGAGAACAAUCACAGCAGCAGCAGCAGCAGCGGGAGGCAGCAAGUCAAUCUGUCAUUGACAGCGGACACGGCUAAUUGCCGUUUGUCAACUUCAUCUAAUCAGUUAAUACAUCCAUCACGAGCUACACUAUUUCACAAUUUUGCUCAAGGGCUAUGGCUAAUGAUAAGAGAUCAAGUAACUCCAUAUUACAAAGAGCUCGGCAUAGACGAACACCUAAAUACACUGCACAAAGUGUAUUAUUAUUAAAGAGAGCUGUUGCAACAUAAAUUUGCAACUGAAAACACGAAA